UGGUAACUUGCUGCAGGUAUGUUUGGUUCGGAGCCAAAUUUUACCUUUAAAGUUCUAUUUCCUGUGCAAAAUCGAGCCGCAAACUGCCCUUUUUACGUGUGAACGCUUGUCUGCUAGCUUGGGUGGAAGGCGCAGAAAGCUGGCAAUGUUGUCUAAAUUCUAAGGCGGUAGAGAGAGUUCUUGGCGGGAUCGAGAGUUUUCCGUGCGAAUGGCCCGCCCCUCCCCCUUCUGUAGUGCAGCGCCGCCGUCCAUCACCAUUUUUCCCGACAUGACAGCUUGCUGUCAUCAGGAGAAGCAGCAGCCGUAACGCUAUCCGCCUGACCCAGCCAGCGCCAACUCAGCAACACCGCGGCGCCCCAGCCCCUCCGCUCGGUACCACCCCUCACCACGGCCCGACAAGACUCCGCCCCCGGCCCGGUCCACCCCGUAAGCCGUUCAACCAUGGCGUUCUUCUGCCUGCUAUGGCGGGUUGUCAAACACCUCCUCUUGCGGCCUGAAACGUGGCUCAUGACGCUCAUAGGAGUCGCCAUCUACAGCUAUGUGCAUCACUGGGCGGACAUCAAGGCUAUUUUUAACCAGGCAAAGCUGUCCCUCAGUAACAGGACUUCCCAAUUGGCCACUGUGAUCCAAGAGAACCACAUUGUCUCAGCCAAGGAACCACAGUUGGAUCUGAGUGAGGAUGUGAGUGAGGAGGAACUAGCACAGAUAUGGGAGUUCAGGAAGGAUAAUGUGGCUGUUUACGCGAUCCAGGGCCGAAGGGAACACAUGGAAGACAGGUACAGUGUCAUCACCAACAUAGCAAAGAGUGGAGCGUCCGUCUUCGAGAUCUUUGACGGACACGGGGGAGAUUUUGCAGCGGAGUAUGCUGAGAAGAAGUUGACAGAAGUCUUAGAACAGAGGCUGACGAGAGAAGACGCAGCUAAGAACCACGAGGACCACUUCUCCAUCCUCACAGACGAGAUUCUCUCCGUGGACAAGAAACUGGUCGCUACAGCAAAAACACAGAACGACGUCGCAGGUACAACAGCACUGGUGGCAUUGCUAGAAGACAACCAGCUGACCGUGGCAAACGUUGGCGACUCCCGUGGCGUUAUCUGCGACGCCGAAGGGCGGGCGAUUCCGCUCUCAUUCGACCACAAACCCCAGAUCCUCAAAGAACGCAAGAGGAUAAAGAAGGCGGGGGGUUUCAUUAGUUAUAACGGGGUAUGGAGGGUGCAGGGCGUGCUCGCGACUUCCCGUGCCUUGGGGGACUACCCGUUAAAGGACAGGAGUUACAUCGUGGCAGACCCGGACAUUUUAUCGUUCGAUCUGAGGGACAUCAGGCCGCAAUUCAUGAUCCUCGCCACAGAUGGAUUGUGGGAUGCGUUCAGCAAUGAAGAGGCGGUGGACUUUAUAAAGGAACGCUUGGACGAGCCUCACUUUGGUGCGAAAAGUAUCACGCUGCAAGCAUUCUAUCGAGGGUCGUUGGACAACAUCACGGUGAUGGUCGUGAACUUUCGCGUAAAAAAAAACAGGAACGGAUUUAGGGAGACAUCCGUGUAGCUGGUAGAGUGCUUCUCUUUCUGUGAAUAGCUUUAAUCGUUAAGUUGCUAAUUAUUAUUCAUUUGGAGGAACAGAAAACUCCAUACAAAAUGUAACCCUUUUUGCCAAGCCUGGCUGGUACACCAUCACUGAAAUUCAAUUGAAGCAAGAAAACAGAAACGAUUCAGGGAGAUGUCAGUGUACCUGGUUCUUCUCUGAACAUCUGUGGAUAGCUUCGUUAAUUUGGUACCGGUAAUUAAACAAAAAUUGGAUAAUUAAAAAUCUUCAACCAGUGAGGAACUGCUACUUGAAGCAAUGAAACAGGAAUAGAUUUGGGAGACACCAGUGUAGCUGGUUUAGAAUUCUUGUCAUUCUGUGAAAAGCUUCUUUACGUUGGCAGUUGUCGUAAGACAAAGAAAAUCAUACAAAACCAAACCCUUUCUACCUAGCCUGCCAUUUACAAAAUCACUGAAACACCCUGGAUAGUACCCACUAAAUAAUCGUUGAAGGAAGAAAAUCUUAAUAGUUCAUACAAAACCUGUUCUGUUCAUUUAGCCAGACUGUUACAGAAGCACUUAUGUCCUUAUUUAAAAUUGAUGUUGAUAUUUCG